CUUUGUUGAGUCCCAGGGAGUUCUACACUUUUUUUUCCCCCAGCGUUCAACUUCCAAACAUUUCUCUUGUACGCAGCAGGCUCGUCCUUUUAGGAAAUGUUCACCAGCGACUCGAAAUGGGCUUGCCUGACGAUUAAACCACCUAUAUGAAGUUGUCCGGGAGUCACCACCCUAGUUCCUGUUCAUCCAGUUGGGCCAGUUGCUCCUAUCCACUUAGCUGCCGGGAAGUGCGACCAACGCUGUGCGCAGCCUCUAUGGGACAAUAGCAGAGGGCAUCCUCUUCCUCCAUCCCCUCCCCCGCUCUCCACAGAUGCUAUCCCCCUAACAAACACUGUCACCCGCCCACACAGACAGUCCUCCUCCCACGCCGGUCACGGUGCACUCCCUCCACCACCACCACCGCCAGUCAGGCAGCGAGCGGCGGACGGAGGCUGUGUAAUCUUGAAGCACGGCCCGCCUACGCUCUCUUUUUGUGAUGGCGACUGUUAUUGUGGCUGCCGGAGCCCCUCUCCGGAGGCGACGGGAGGAAGCACAGGAGGCGGUGUGAAGGGAGAAGGGACACUUAUCAUCGGACUUCUGGAGGCUGCGCUUUGAAUGCGCGUUCAUGGGGAAUUGAAAGCACAUGAUGUGGCACCGGCUUCGCCGCCUCCUGCCAGUCAAAGAUUGGACCAAAAGUCCACUUUGGAAAUAUUCGGAACAUACCUAACCUCCGGCAAAGGAAUGCAGUGAACAUGGAGGAAAGUACUUUUUGACUUCUAUCCUGAUUGUUAUCCUAAUAUCUUUGCUACUGGUGGUCACAAAAGACGAACGCCACCAAAAGUGCCUUUACUUUUGUACUCCUACUUUAUACUGUCACGUAAUUAUGUGACGUCACAUGCCACAAGUGAACAAAUAGCUGAUAAUCUUCACUGUAGUUUUGUAAGGGCUGCCAAGCAAACUCCUGUCCACGCCAGAUAGGCCUCAGACUGUCAGCGUAGCCUCUUCCCGCCCGUCGCCAUGGUUAAGUUGCAGUCCAAAUGGCGCUACCUGUUCAUGUUCCUGGGCGUCCAGCUGGUAGUCAUGGCGCUGCUGUCCCGGGAGGGCUACCAGAAGAGGGUCACCUACUUCAUACGCAUCUUCCGCAAGUCGGACGGCGCGGCGACGUCCUCCCGAAACCAGACCGCAGCCAAUGUGCCUGGAAGUGACGUGUACGCGAACCUCUCCCUACUGUCCAGAGGUCAGAACAAUGGAGAGGUGGUUUACUACUGCCCCAAGACCUCCCCUCUCACAGUGGGGCCGAUACAUGUCAGCUUUCCGUCGGGACUCACCCUCGCCGACGUGCAGCGAAAGAACCCACUUGUAGUGCGCGGCGGACGCUACCGGCCGCCCGACUGCGAGGCGAGGCACCGCACAGCCAUCGUCAUCCCGCACAGGCACCGUGAGCACCACCUCAGGUUCCUGCUCUACUACCUGCAUCCUUUCCUGCAGCGGCAGCAGCUCAACUACGGCAUCUACGUCAUUCACCAGAUUGCGGCACUGGAGCAGAAAGUGGAGUUGGAGCUUGAGCAGAUGGUGGAAAGUGGAAGGAGCUGCACAUCUUCCAGGAGUAGCCGCCCUCACACCCCACUAAGGAAGCGACUUCAAGGCGCCGCAUGUAGUUGGAGGGAGGAGCGUUUGACCCAUGACCUCAACGUGAGCAGAAGCCAAGAGUGGGAGUGGGGAGGUCUGGAAGAGGGCUUCAGCUUCCUCGCUUGA